AUGCAAGAGCUUUUAAAACAGGCCUUGAUUAAUUAUAAGCCAGCUAGCGUAGUAAGAAAACCGCUAGAGGUUAAAUCGAAGACAAUUACUUUAAAAGAGAGGAUUAUUUCCAAAAACAGAUCAGAAAAGAUAAUAUCAUUGAAUUAUAAUCAACCUAGGAAUUUGAGUAGAUGCAAAAAUAGUGAUAUUCUUAAUAAGAGAAAGAAACUUGAUUAUAAGGGCGUUGAGAGAUCUGAAACUUUAAAAAACUAUACCGAUUUUUUCUCUAGUUCUUUUAUAAAGCAGAAAAAGGGAAGGGAAAGAAAAUCAAAAAGCUGAGGUGAAUUGCCAAAAAUGCAGCCAAUAAAAAAAUGCUGUGAUACAAAACUAAUGAUUAAUAUCAAAAAUUUAAUUAAAUCCAGAAUGGCAUGCAAAACAGCUUACCAUAAAACUGGAGACAUUAAUUUGAGCCCUUGGCAAUAA